UGCUGGGUCAAUUGUUCAUGCAUGAUGAGCUGGGUGUGGACCAGGGAAGGCAUGCACCCAGGGGCGGACUGACAACUCAUGGGGCCCCCCGGGCAAUAGGGGAUCAUGGGACCCCUGUGUCCUUGCCCAAACUCAAAAAAGCCUAUGAAAAAGGUACCAGGGGCAUCUCAUGGGGCCCCCUACUGACCCCGGGCCCUCGGGCAGUGCCCAAGUUUCCAAAUGGUCAGUCCGCCCCUGCAUGCAUCUAU